AUGAUAAGAAACGCAACAAGAGAGUCAUGGUGUUUACUUCGACGAUACAAAGAGGUGGCUUCAAUUCGACGGUUUGUGGCAACUGCUCCAUUUCAGCUCGAAUCGAGCUUGUCUAUUUUUGACCCAGAGAGGUUUACAUUUCCGAACCCUGAUCAAGAGAGAUGGGAUAGUCUAGUGAGGAACUUCACACGUAUCUUGUUUACGCAAGAUGUGUCAGCCAUUUUCAAACAGUUGUCGGAGCUUGAGAGACAGUGCACAAGUCUGUAUGACACUGUCAAAACACGGCAAAUGCAGAUGUUGGAGUUUUUCCAAGGGGGUCUUUACAUGUAUAUUGAGGCCGAGAAAAGGCAUAAUGUCAAAGAAGUGAUUGCAAUAGCUCAAGCAUAUGCUGACUUUAUAAAGCGAGCAGCGCAUUCAGGAAUUGACAAGGGCUUGCUACAUUCACACAUUGAUACCAUUUUGACUGCUCUACUACAAGCAUUUCAUUUGGAACGAGAAUGCCGCAAGAGCCAAAUAUUUUUACCACCAAUCAAAAGUAUUUUCAACCAAGUUGUUAAAGAGUUUGAAGUCGAUCUAUCCCUAUUCUUUAUACAGUUGACUCAUGAGCACUUGAAGAAGAGUUUGGAAACACUCAAUCUAGGGACUGCAAAAUUGAAUGCUGCGACGGCGCGUGAGCCCGAAUCGAUCUCUUUUAUUCCAAUAGACCCUUACUUGGAUGCAUUUGGAAACCUAUAUUUCGACAAAGCUUGCAAAUAUAUCAGCGAGAACAAAUUCCAAUGGAAAGGUGAACCAGUCACAUGCAAAAUUUAUGACGUUUACGACAAUUUACCACAGUAUGAAAAGGAGGACUUCCUAUUGGAGUACCUUGAGUUUAACAAGAUCAAACAGUCAACUCUAGAACAUUAUACUCACAAAUUGAUCAAAAGUGCAUCGCAUGAUAAUGCAACAUCGAAACAGAGUGCAAAGUUCAUCCUUCAUGAGCAUAAGAUGAUCAAAACUUGGGUCAAGCUAAGCUGCGAUAAAGUGCAGCUGUCGAUUGUCGAUGCACCGGCAUCGGAAGAAGAAAAAGUAUUAUACCAUUUCCGACAGUUUGUCGAAGCUUUUCCGAUUAGUACAAUGGUAAGCAACAUUAUCCACAAACUAAUAUCAUCUGUCUAUUUGGAAAAAGUUGGUGUUGUGGAGAUUUUCAGCAGUAUGAGGACUACGUUCAAACGAGAUGUUUCCUUGAUGAAAAAGUCAGACCACAAAUCACAACUCUUUAAGUUCAUUUCAGAUGACGAUUUCGAUAAGUUGUCUAGCAUAUUGGUCAAAUCGGUGAUUGAAUCGUGUAUGAUACUGAGGGUGAAUGCUGAGGGAUCCGAUGCUGACGAUGUUGCAUCUGGCUUUACAAAUGAGGAUUUUGCAUUCCAUCUUGAUACGAUAUACGUAUCCCCCGUUAAAUCCGAAACUGUCAUCAACUUCAAUCCGGUACUCAAACAAAAAGUUACAUCGAUUCCAGUUGGCUCAAAUUCCCAUCAUUUCCCGCUAUUAUGUCCACCAGAACCAUGGCUUGGAGUAAACAAAGGUGCAUAUAUGGAAAGAAACACUCCCUUCUUGAGUGGUUUUGAUCAGUUGCAACACCGCAUCUUACAAAAUGCACAGCAUUUAGGGAAACUAGAUUCAGCAUUCAAAUGUCUUGAUCAGAUGGGUCAGACGGCUUGGGCGAUCAAUCCAGAUGUGUUGCUGGUUUUCAAUCAGGUGAUGGAAUUACCAAAUGGUUUUCUUGACAUCCCACCAAAGCACUGUGACGAAUCUACCAAAUCGAAGCAAGAAAUUAUUGACAUCAAGGGAUUGAGGCUGAAUUUCGAAACUGUCAAUAUGUUGGCUAAUACAUUCGAUCGCAACGGUGAUAUGUUAUAUCAUUGUUAUGUAUUCGACUUCAGAGGUAGAGUAUACCCAUUGUCGCCAUUGACACAUUAUGGUGGCGAUUUAACCCGAUCUUUGUUUCAGUUUUGGUAUGGUCAACCAUUGGGUGUCAAUGGCUUUUAUUGGGUAAAGUACCAACUAAUGUCAGUUUUCGGAAAUGAAACUGAUUGUGAAAAGUUUUACAACCACAACAAGGAGCAAAUUCUCGCAUCUGCGUCUGAUCCAUUGCACAAUCAUUGGUGGAUGAAAGCUGACGAGCCGUUCUCAGCAUUGUCAGUUUGCAUUGAGAUUCAGAAAAUUUUACAAUUUGUUCAACACGGUAAAGGUUCUAUUGAGGAGUAUAUAUGUCGGUUACCUAUUCACCAAGAUGGUUCAUGUAAUGGGCUCCAGCAUUAUGCAGCCUUGGCUGCUGAUGAGCUGGGUGGUAAAGCAGUCAAUUUGGUUCCCAUGGAUACAAAACAGGAUGUAUACUCAACCGUGAAGGAUAUAGUUGAGCAAAAAAUCAUUGCUGAUGUUGAAAAUAGGCUCAUGGGGGAAGAUCGUGAUCAUGCUGCAUUUAUGUUGAAGAUUUUGGAUCGUAAAUUGAUUAAACGACCAGUUAUGACUACUGUGUAUGGUGUUACUUUAGCUGGUGCCAGUCGACAAAUUUUGGAAAAUAUUGAAGAUGUCGUAUCUGAUUAUGAUGAGAAUCCAACCAAGCGUGGAUUAUAUGACGAGGUUACAAUUGAUAGAUUACGCCAGUUUAAUUUGAGGUCGACCAUGUACCUAGCACGAAAGAUUUUAUCAUCAAUUGAUGAGCUUUUUUUCAAUGCUAAGCAAAUGGAAAAAUGGCUCGUUGAAAAUACCAGACGCAUAUUGACCAGUUAUAACGUGAAAACGUUGGAUUACCUUCAACUGAGGACCUUCACAUCAGCAUCGCUCACAUCAAGCUUGGCAUCAAAAGCAUUAAACAAUUGGUACAAAACGCCAAUAAGCUAUUCACCAAUAAGUUGGAUAUCAGCGAGUGGGUUCCCCGUGAUUCAAACGUAUCGGAAACGACAACAACCACAUAGUGUGACUGGUGCAUUGGGAUCAAUAAUGCAACUGGCACUGAAUAAAACUGCUCCUAUGGAUCGACGUAAACAUGAGUUGGCAAUUGCUCCUAAUUUUAUACAUUCAUUGGAUGCUAGUCAUAUGUUUAUGACAUGUGAUGCGUGCGCUGAAGCCAGUGCAGAAGCUGAACCUGGCUCUGAAUGUGGUACUGGUCCUGGAGCUGGGUUAAUAUUUGCAUCGAUCCAUGAUUCAUAUUGGACUCACCCUAACCACGUUGAAAAAUUGUCACGGAUAUUACGUCAAACAUUUGUCAAGCUCCAUUCAUUCGAUUAUAUGACCCAUGUUCGCAACGACUUUGUCAAACAAGUGCAAAAAUCGUAUUGUUUCCAAUUGGUUUAUUUCGACAAGAUGGAGUAUAGGGAACUUUAUGCUGAAUUGCGUGCAAUUCGAAAAACGUAUGGGGACUACAAUAAUGACAACAGUAAGAAAGUUUCUGAUUUGUUGAGUCUUGAGUUGCGACAGCUACACAAACAAAAACAAGAUCAUCCAGUGAGCCAAUUACUCAAGACACAUGAUCCUAAAUUGUAUCAUAUUGUUGGAAACUACAUACACAAGUACACUAACGAUAUUGAUAACAAUGCCGAUGGAUCGUCAGUUGGGACGUUGGGGUUACUACGUAAGAAUUUGGUUCCUGUUUUCGUUCCAUUACGAAUACUCAAUCUUCCUAAAAAGGGUACGUUGGAUAUUACACAAGUUUUGGAUAGUAAAUACUUUUUCUCUUAA